CUCGACGAAAAAAAAUAAUUAAAUAAAAAUAAUAUCUAUUAGGGGGUUAUGCCCACUUUCAUUAAAUGAGCAAUACUCACCUCUUUGCGUCUAAGUAUCCGUCGCCGAAACUUACAUGAAAAUGCCACUMAAAAUAAGCCCCUUAUCAUGAGCAUCUUAAAAUGAAAGAAAUAAAAAAAGUACGGGCACUUGCACGUUCACCGUUAUAUUAAUUCUGAUCGUUCCAGGACAGACAUACAAUUACCAGAGCCCUUCAGCUAAUUAUGGGAUAUAUUAAGAUGUCCGCUGCACUCUGUGCAUGCCUGAUAGCACUAAUCGUUGCUGAAAACAAAAUAUGCAAAAAGUCAAGCAAUUUUGAUCGACAUCAAGGUAUCCAGCUUCAAGGUCAUGUGAUCAAUACGGUCACUACAUCAGACUUGGGGGAUUGUGUGAUUGAAUGCAGUAAAACACAUGGCUGCUUAUCUAUGAAUGUUCACAACGCUGGAAAUGCGAUGCACUGUGAGCUCAACAAGUCAAACCGGUAUGGCAGGCAAGCAAACCUGAUAAAAACCAGUUUUGAUUGGGAAUAUUUGGAAAUGGUAUUCAAGCCUGAUUGGUCAAAUGCUUGCUUUCAAAAAGAUGGUUGGUAUCGAAGCAAGUCUGCAGCCUAUAAGUUUGUUAACGAGCCUGUGAACGCUCUAGAAGCUCGAAAGCGGUGUCAAAAAAUGAUGGCGGGGGCAGAUCUGGUGUCUUUUGUCGACAGCGAGGAAGAGGGUAUUUUUAACCAGUACCUACAAGGUGUUCGUCAGGGAGGUUUUGUUUGGAUUGGACUGAAUGAUCUGAGUAAAGAAGGAACCUUUGUUUGGUUUGAUGGAACGAAAUCCAAUUACCGAAACUGGCACGAUAGCGAGCCAAAUAAUGACGGGGGCAAUGAGCAUUGCGCAUUUAAAUACCAAGCAGGGCGGAUGAGAUGGCUUGACACAGGCUGUUCUAGGCAAGUUCCAUUUGCUUGCAAAGUGCUAUGCACCUAAACUUGAUUAUUACGAUGAGAUUACUAUGCAAUAUUUCAGAAAAUGUGUCGAGUACUAAAAAAUAAUGUCUGCAUUGUUUGUCGUUUAAAAUGAGUUUUAUCGGCAAUGCAAUUCAUAAGUUAAAUGGAGAGCAAUUCCGUUUAGAAUUAUCAACGUGUAAAGCAGCUAACGAGGACGUUAUAAGUAACAGCAAUGUAUUGCUGUCGCAUAUUAAACAUAUACAGUAUUCAACCUUUUCUGGAAUAGCUAAAUAUUCGUUAAAAUCUACAUUUUGUUUUCAAUUUUAACCUAUUGACAACAAAACAACUUAGGUGUUUUGAUGAAAAAAAUAUAUUUAGACUAGUCAGUUAUUAACAAAUUCUUUUUCUUAAUAUUUUAACUCUACGAAGACUUUAAAAGCCACAAUAGUGGGCAGUCUUUCUGAAGUACAAAGACAAAAUCCAAGAAAAGCAAAUCCUAAGCGUUGUGAAGAUUGUAAAAUAAUUAACUACUGCAUUUUCGGAAAAUGGUAUGUGGUGGGGAUUGAAGAUGGCGGUCGAGUGCCGCUCGAAUUGACAGCAAAGUCGUUUUCUUGUAAUAAUUGCCAUCUUUCUUCCUUAUGGACACGUAAAAAUUUGAUUUGUUUAAUUAACUUGUAUCCAUGUCUUYAAAGCUGACAGUGAAUUUAGACUGUUGUUGAAACCAUUCUGUCAGAAAAUGUAUCGAGUAAAAUGUAAACAAAACAGGCGAAAACCUAAAAAUUUCAGUCUAUUUGACGUAAAACGAUAGAUAAAAAAAGUAGUUUUAGACAAUGUUUUUAU